AUGUGUCAACCGUCAGCAGGAUUGUAUACACUUCAACAGUUAUCGCUGGAGUUUUUCUUUACAUCUUAUGUUUUGGUUGCACAGUUGUCACAAACUAAAGGUUGUUCUGGAUUAAUUCUCUUAAUCAGCAUAAGAUCAUUUGUCAAUCUUUCUUCAAAUCUAUGUAAUGAGUUGAAACUGACUUCAAAGUUUGUGUUACAGUCUUGUCCUGGAUUCCUAUUGCUAAAUUAA